AUGUCCACAGCACACGAAAACCCUUUCGAUACCAACCCAAUGGCUUUGCAAUCGCGUCCCAACUCACCCUCCGAGCGCUACUGCAAAUCAACCAUAGAACAAACACUCCAGGACUUCGAAACGGAUCCUGUCAAGGGAAUUUGCAAUACUCAGACGAUCACGUUACGGAGGGGUAUUCAUGGGCUUAAUGAGCUCGAAGCGGACGAAAGAGAGAAUCUGGCGCUGAAGUUUCUGGCCACGUUCUAUGGCGAUCCGAUGAUCAUGCUGUUGAUCGCGUCUGCUUUCGUGUCGUUUUACAUGGAAAACAUUGACGAUGCCAUCAGUAUCACGCUGGCAGUUUUAAUAGUUGUCACCGUUGGUUUUGUGCAAGAAUACCGUUCUGAAAAGUCGCUUGAGGCACUCAACAAGCUCGUUCCAUUAGAGGCCCAUCUGACCAGAAACGGUGCAUCGGAAACUGUAUCCGCCUCCACGCUGGUUCCUGGAGAUCUGAUUCAUUUCUCUGUUGGUGAUAGAAUUCCCGCUGAUGUGAGACUAAUUGAGGCAGUCCAUUUGACUAUCGACGAAAGUAACUUGACUGGAGAGACCAACCCUGUGACCAAGUCUGUUGAGCCAGUGGAGGGAUCUCCUGCAAUCAACGAUCGCAUUUCCAUUGCUUUCAUGGGUACUCUAGUGAGGGACGGACAUGGAACUGGAAUUGUCAUUGCCACUGGUCGUGACACCGCGUUUGGUUCCGUGUUCGAGAUGAUGUCUUCUAUUGAAAAGCCAAAGACCCCAUUGCAAAAUGCCAUGGACAAACUUGGAAAAGAGCUUUCCAUUUUUAGUUUUGUUGUCAUUGGUGUAAUUGGUGUAAUUGGAGUCUUCCAGGGCAGAUCCUGGUUAGAUAUGUUCCAGAUCUCGGUAUCGCUUGCUGUUGCUGCCAUUCCAGAAGGUUUGCCGAUCAUCGUUGCUGUGACCUUGGCCCUUGGUGUUCUCAGAAUGGCCAAUAAGAAGGCAAUUGUCAAGAGGCUUCCAAGUGUGGAGACUUUGGGAUCUGUUAAUGUUAUUUGCAGUGACAAAACUGGUACUUUGACCCAGAACCACAUGACCGUGACCAAGGCUUGGACCGUUUCGAUGAAGACCGAUUCGCUAUCUGUCGAGGGAACUUCACGCAUCUCGGAUCUUUCCAAAGAUGUGAGAUCUCUGAUGGAAGCCGGAAACAUCUGCAACAAUGCCAAGUACUCUGUUGAAAAGGAGAAAUGGAUCGGUAACCCUACCGACAUCGCCAUCAUUGAGGCUCUUCAACACUUCAGUCUGGACGAUAUAAGAGGAACUAGACAGAGAAUUGACGAAUUGCCUUUUUCUUCUAGUCGCAAGUUUAUGGCAGUUUCUUCACACGGAGGUGAUAAGAAUAAGUCCGAGACACACAUCAAGGGUGCUGUUGAGAAGCUGUUGAAGAUGUCUACGCUAUAUGUUGCCAGUGACGGAGAAACCAAGCCUCUUUCCGAGGAGCAGAAGAAGCUGAUCUUGAAGAUGGCAGAUGUCUUGGCCAGCGAUGGACUCAGAAUCUUGGCGUUUGGAAAGAGCACCAAGCCUUUGGUUUACGACGAUGUGGCUCCGGUUUCCGAGUUGGUCUUCUGCGGUCUUCUGGGCAUGAACGAUCCUCCAAGGCCUCAGGUUGCUCAGUCUAUUGCCAGGCUGAUGAGAGGAGGUGUUCAUGUGAUCAUGAUUACUGGUGAUUCUGAAACCACUGCAGCUAAUAUCGCUCGCAAAAUUGGCAUGCCUUUGAACGAUCCCCAAAGGUCUAUCAUGAGCGGUGAAAAAUUAGACUCCAUGUCCGAAGAUGCUCUUGCCGAGGCAAUUCAGUACGUCUCUGUCUUUGCGAGAACCACUCCCGAGCACAAAGUUGCUAUUGUACGUGCUUUGCAACGUCGUGGAGAUAUCGUUGCGAUGACCGGUGACGGUGUCAACGAUGCUCCAGCUCUGAAACUGGCCGAUAUAGGUAUUGCGAUGGGUAAGAACGGAACUGAUGUGGCCAAAGAGGCAGCUGACAUGGUUCUUACUGAUGACGACUUUUCCACGAUUUUGAACGCGAUCCAGGAAGGAAAGGGUAUAUUUUACAACAUCCAAAACUUCCUGACAUUCCAGCUUUCAACCUCAGUUGCUGCCCUGUCCUUGGUUGCACUUUCAACCUUCUUCAACCUGCCAAACCCACUCAAUGCCAUGCAGAUCCUGUGGAUCAACAUCCUCAUGGACGGACCUCCAGCCCAGUCUCUGGGUGUUGAGCCCGUCGAUCAGGAAGUCAUGAGCAAGCCUCCCAGAUCACGCAAGGACAAAAUUUUGACGCAAGCUGUGAUCAAGAGGGUUCUUCAAUCGGCUGCGAUCAUAAUCAUAGGAACGAUGUUCGUCUAUAUAAAGGAGAUGAAGGAUGAGGUGACGGCCAGAGAUACCACCAUGACAUUCACGUGUUUUGUGCUGUUUGACAUGUUCAACGCACUUUCAUGUCGCCAUCACUCCAAGUCCAUCUUCGAGACGGGACUUAGAAAUAACAUGUUCAACUUUGCUGUUGGAGGGUCGCUUUUGGGACAACUGUGUGCCAUCUACGUGCCGUUCUUCCAGAGCAUUUUCCAGACUGAGGCUCUCAGUCUUGGUGAUCUGGCGUACCUCAUUGCGUUGACAAGCUCUGUCUGGUUGGUUGAUGAAGCGAGGAAGUAUUUCGCGAAGCAAUCGUCCAACUACGGCAUGUACAACCUUGCAGUUUGA